CUCGACAUUUGGUUCAAGUCCUGUAUCCACACCCGAAAAUUGCGAAAAUCAUCCAUGAUGCUCCUUGCCGUGCUGCUCAGCAGUGUGAGCCUCACGUUGGCAGCUUUCAGCCAGGUGGUCUUUGAACCUGAGGCGGCGACCAACUCACUGCUGCAGCUGCAGCUUCAGCUGGGGAAGGACUCCUCCGCUCCGGAAGAGGAAAGCGAUGAUCCCGCUGAUUACUGGCUCAGCUGGUGUUGGGAUGGUCAUCAUCCUACAGAUCAAGAGUUCUUCCUGCUGCACAUUGGGAAGGUGGGCGGCUGUUCCUUGGUCGCGGACCUCUCCAAGUUGGUGAACCGCAGCCGAAUUUGGACGCAACAGGGUUGCUACGCCAUGUCACGGGCGGGCCACUUCAAAAAGACUUUUGUGAUGCUUCGCAGGCCGAGGGACUUGGUCUUGUCCAUGUACCACCAAUGCUCCUGGCCCGGAGGGCCCGACUCGCCCGAGUGGCACGCGAUGGAAGAACUGGGCGUGGCGCCAGGCAUGCCAGGCAACAUUUUGCCUGACUUUGCCACCUGGGUCCACACUUGGUCUCAUGAUGCUCCCACCGAAGACUAUGUGGCCAAACCAUUUUGGAACGACAAGUUCCAUUGCAAUGAUCCUAGGGACAUGAUGAGCCGCUUCCUGACCUGUGUGAACCCCGUAGGUCAUCCUCCCAGCAUCAACGCGAGCGACGCGAUUCAGCAAAUGAAGAAUUCGACCGCCACGGGCUUGCUCGAAGCAUAUCACGAGAGCAUUUGUUUGUAUGCGGUGGAGUUGACGGGCUCCUUGCCAAGCCAUUGCAACUGUGAAGAUGCAGCUGCAUGGAGCUCGUUCAAUGAAACUCAUAUUACGCACGAUCACACCUACAACGACACCAUCGAAGACUACAACCAGGCCGUUCUCGAGGAUGUGGAUGCCAUAAGUAGUGCUGACCGGCAGCUCUAUCGGGCAGGUGUGCAGCUCUUUAUCCAUGAGAUGGAGAAGUUGGAAAGCACCUUCCAAGUGAAGGUCCUAUGUGAUGAACAGCGUGAGAUGCUCUUGGAAGGUAUUUUGUCGUGAUGCCACCUUUGACGUGAGAUGCUGCGUGAGCGACGCACUGGCCAGCACUGGCAGUCAGAUGUCCGGUAACACAGACUCUUGAUGACUAAAAUUGAAAUCCCCCAGACAUGGAUUGCCGGACUUCUUCAUAUACAUUAGUCGGAUACUUCAAUUGGUUGUUCGACAAUUUGUCGACAGCGCCACUUCAGCAGCAACAUUGCGUGCUCUUGAGUGGCAAAAGUUGUCCAGAGUUUCAUCGCGGGCGCCGUAGCGUGCGCUGAAGCACGAGGGUCGUCUAGAGAUGAAAGAGAACGCAUGACAUGAUGGGACCAACGAAACAUCAGCCAAAACUAACUGCUGAAUUAUGUGGGUGCAUUUGCCCAUGGGUGCC